AUGUGCUGCCACUACUCCAGGAAGUCAUGCGGCGGCUGCGGCUACGGCUGCGGCUCUAGAUACGGCUGUGGCUACGGCUGUGGCUACGGCUCUGGCUACGGCUGUGGCUAUGGCUCUGGCUACGGCUGUGGCUACGGCUGUGGCUACGGCUGUGGCUACGGCUCUGGAUACGGCUGUGGCUACGGCUCUGGAUAUGGCUCUGGCUACGGCUGUGGCUAUGGCUGUGGCUACGGCUGCGGGUAUGGCUCCCGCUACGGCUGCGGCUACGGCUGCGGGUACGGCUCUGGCUGUGGCUACGGCUGCGGGUAUGGCUCCCGCUACGGCUGUGGCUAUGGCUGUGGCUACGGCUGCGGCUACGGCUCUGGCUGUGGCUACGGCUGCGGCUAUGGCUCCCGCUACGGCUGUGGCUACGGCUAUGGCUGCUGUGGCUACUAG